AUGAUCCCUCCCGACUCCGACGACUCGCCAUUGAAAACCUCUGGUGCUGGCUUUGGCUUAGGCCAGGAGGAUUCAACGGCAGGUCUAGAUGAUUUUGACACACAAAGCCAUGCAAGCUCCCGCGACCACGGUAGCACACACGCCCAUGACCCCGCGACGGGGGCCGACAGCGGUGGACUAGACAACCAGGGCGACGAUACUACACGAGACGCUGGUGAAGGCCCCGAGACAGGGCCACUUGAUAAAGAUGGAAGGCCGGCCUGGAGCGAAAUGAAGACUAAGGCGGGGAAGGAAAGAAAGCGACUGCCGCUAGCUUGCAUCGCCUGUCGCCGAAAGAAGAUCCGGUGCUCGGGCGAGAAGCCCGCGUGUAAGCACUGUACGCGCUCGCGAAUUCCCUGCGUCUAUAAGGUCACCACGAGGAAGGCAGCCCCGCGAACCGAUUACAUGGCCAUGCUGGACAAACGUCUCAAGCGAAUGGAAGAUCGCGUGAUCAAGACGAUCCCUAAAGAUGAGACGAGGGAUAUGCACUCGAUCGGACGGUCCGUUGUGAAGCCCUCUGCGCAAACACAGGCUACUAAGGCUCAGAAGAAAAGGAGCGCAGAUGAAGCAUUCGCAGCGGAGAUGGAGGGCUGGGCGCGGGGGGAGCGUCGCCCGACACACGAGACUUUUCCGAUGAGUCGCGAACCCAAGUCCACUGAUGGCACGGGACUUCUGACAGAAGGCGCGGAGUUUUUGCCUUCUCUGGAGAUUCAGGAGCAUCUUGCAGAGGUCUUCUUCGACUGCGUGUAUGGCCAGUCAUACCUUCUUUUACAUAAGCCUAGUUUCAUGCGACGACUCAAGGCGGGCACAGUUCCUCCCGUCCUCAUCCUGGCUGUCUGCGCCGUCUCCGCUCGAUUUUCAACCCACCCGCAACUCAAUUCAGAACCUCCUUUCCUUCGAGGAGAGAACUGGGCCAAUCCGGCGGCAGCUAUCGCUCUGAGCCGGCACGACGAACCGAAUAUCACAAUUUUGACAGUCUUUCUACUUCUUGGGCUGCAUGAAUUUGGAACAUGUCACGGUGGACGAAGCUGGUCUUUUGGAGGACAAGCAUUGAGGAUGGCAUACGCGUUACAGCUUCACCAAGAGCUUGAGAGUGAUCCGUUACUUAAUCAGAACAAUGGCGCCAACUCGCAGUUGAGCUUCACAGAUCGUGAAAUUCGGCGGCGCACGAUGUGGGCCUGCUUUUUGAUGGAUCGGUAUAACUCAUCGGGAAGCCAACGGCCGCCCAUUGGAAAUGACAAGUUCCUCCAGAUUCAACUACCUAUCAAGGAGACCCACUUCCAGAUGGAGAUUCCUGGGCCUACGGAAGACCUGGAUGGAGACGUGCUCAACCCUACACCCGAAAACUCCGGCCAGUUGUCCAACGCCAAGGAGAACAUGGGAGUGUCAGCAUACAUCAUCCGAGCCAUCGUCAUUUGGGGACGCAUUGUUGACUAUCUAAACCUUGGUGGUAAAAGAAAAGACCCCCAGCCGCUUUGGCAUCCGGACUCGGGGUACAUGCGAUUGAAGCGGCAGAUUGAAGAGUUCUCUGCCUCACUUCCGAGUGCUUUGACUUUUACCUAUGAGAAUCUUCAGAUUCAUGCCGCGGAGAAGAUCGCAAAUCAGUUCCUAUUCCUGCACAUCAUCACUCAUCAGAACAUGCUGUUCUUGAACCAAUUUGCCAUUCCUCUUUCGCCUGGUGGACGGCCUCCUCGGGACAUGCCGAAGCCGUUCCUCAGCAACGCUGGUCGAGCCGCUGUGGAAGCUGCCCAUCAUAUUUCCGUGCUCUUUGAUCGGGCAUCGGCCUAUCCGCUUACUGUCCCUUUCGCUGGGUACUGUGCAUACACGGCGAGCACUGUUCAUAUCUGGGGUAUCUUCUCCAAAAAUGUGCAAUUGGAAGCUCGAUCGAAGGAGAAUCUGCGCCACACCUACCGCUAUCUCAACAAGAUGAAGAAAUACUGGGGUAUGUUCCACUACAUGGUGGAGAGUGCCAAAGACCGGUAUCGACAGUUCGCCGAUGCCGCUAUCAAGGGAUCUGUAGCAACUCAGAAUGGCACCUCACUGGCCCCCAUGUUCCAAUAUGGUGACUGGUUCGACAAGUAUCCCCACGGUGUCUCAAGGCUGCACUGGGAGGAUCCAGACACUCGUCAUAAGGAGACAGGCGAGGAUGCAGUCAUGGGUCAGAAACCCGAUCUCCAGAGCGUAGAGGACUUCUUCGCCAGUCUAUCUCCGACGCCGCAGCACGCCGUUCCCCGCAGAUCUCGCUCGAGGAAGAACAGCAAAAUAUCCGACGGCACUCCUAAUCCUAAUAUGGACCAUUCUCCGACACAGUCCAUGGAUAUUGCCAUGGGCAAUACUCCGGGCGUCCCAGGCAGCGCCUUCCCCCAACCAUCCCUAUUCUCCCAAAAUGGAGCCAUGUCAUUCGGACAAUCACCCUUUGACUUUAGCAUCCCGCCAGAUCAAUUGCCACAAUUGGAUCGGCAAUUUGUAUACGGGUCGUUCUCCGACUUUGACCCCACCAACUUUGUUCCACCGAAUAACUCCUCAAUGCCACCCCCACCACCCGUCAAUGGCGUCGACGCUCAAACCCCAGACCACUCACUCUUCACGGGCCAUCUUGAUCCCAGCGCCCCAGCCGGAACAGGCGAGUUCUACCAGCCCAGUGCGUGGUUCCUCCCAUUCAACCUCGAUCCGAUUGGCGCCGGCCCACCUCCACAACCACCAGGAGGUCCGACUUCUGCUCCCGGCCCAGGCAGCGAUAUGUCCGGGUUAGGUGGAGCAGGUAAUCUGCCCUUUUGA